AUGGCUCGCAGUCUGUCGUCUCUGGAGUGUCUCCUCAGCGUCGUGUCGUCUCUUCUCCUGGUUUGUUGUGCUGGACUGAUCGUAGUUUCGUGGAUCAGCCUGAAGCCUGAAGCUGUUGCUGAUCCAGCGGUGCUGAGUGGUCGGAUGGUCAUCAUAGAGGGAGCUAUUUUUUCUGAAGAGCUGAAGAAUUCCAGCAGCCUGCGUUUUAAAUCUCUGGCCUUUGACGUCCAACACCUGGUAUCUGAGGCAAUCAGUCGCAGUGAGCUCCGGCAUCUCUUCAAGUUCUGUCAGGUUUUACACUUCAGUCAGGGCAGUGUGGUGGUGAAUUUUGACCUCGGGUUCGUCCAGCUGAUUAAUGCGAAGGAGGUGGAACAGCAGCUGAGGGCGGGGCUCCAGGAGGCUGGGUCCACAGGAUUGGUGAUUGACAGAAACAGCAUCCAGAUCACAGAGAAACAAAAUGAGACAACAGCUGCACCGACAACCACCACACCUACAACAGCUGCACCGACAACCACCGCACCUACAACAGAUGAGCAGAAGCUGACCUGUACCUUUGACCAGGGCAUGUGUUUCUGGAGGCAGGUGCAGGACUACGACACCGCAGACUGGCUUCGAAUCAGUGGCUCCACAUCACCUCUACUGAGCGGCCCAAGUGCUGACCACACACUGGGCAACAGCUCAGGUUUCUACAUCGUCACACCUAUGAGUCCUGGCCAACGGCCAAAGAGCUUCAGCAUCCACAGCCUCCCUCUGACUCCGCCCACAGAGCCCAUGUGUCUGAGCUUCUGGUAUCACAUGUUCGGAGAGGACGUCCACCGUCUCAGCGUUCUGCUGCACCAACCGACUCCAUCAUCUGCUGCUACUGUGGUGUUCCAGAAAGACGGGAAUUAUGGUGACAGCUGGAACUACGGCCAGGUGACCCUCAACCUCACGACAGAGACCACGGUGGUGUUUGAAGCUCUCAAGAAAGGAGGGGUGAGGAACGACAUUGCUCUGGAUGACAUAACACUGACCUCUAAGGCCUGUGGCCCCGCUCCCCCGGAACCAACUAAUGUUCCACCUCCUGCAACAGUGCCCCCUAUACCAGCCGACUGUGGAGGACCCUUUGACCUCUGGGAGCCAAACUCCACCUUCAGCUCCCCAAAUUACCCACAAUCCUAUGGGAAUGAGGCUACAUGUCAGUGGACUCUCCACACCAGCGAGGGUCAGAACAUCCAGCUCCACUUCCUGGACUUUGAAAUUCAAACGUACCAUGACUUUGUAGAGGUGCGGGAUGGGGCGGGGCCAAACUCCACCUUACUGGCUGUCCUCACUGGCAGCGAUGGCCUCGCCCAAGAUUUGUUCUCAACGACCAAUCAGAUGACAGUCUUGUUCCUUAUGAACCUUUCAAAGUACGGCCCAGGAUUCAGAGCCAACUUUACCUCCGGGGUCAACCUCGGGGCACCAGCUCCGUGUGCUCCUGGUGAGUUCCAGUGUCAGACAGGAAGUUGUAUCCAAGUUAACAGUCAGUGUGAUGCUGUGGUCGACUGCCCGGACGCCUCUGAUGAAGCCGACUGUGUUGUGUUGAACAGUUCCAGUCAUCUCCAGUUCAAAAUUGUUCACUCUCUGCUCAGCGUGUGUGCUGACACCUGGAACACCCACCUGUCUGUCUUCACCUGUCAGUACCUGGGAUACAGGUACGGAGAGGACAGACUGCUGCCAGCUCUACCACAAGAUUCACUCUUUGCAAACAUCACAGUAACCAGCAAUGGAACACUGGAAACCAGUGUCAGUGAAACCUGCAGCAGUGACAAAGUGAUUUCUCUGAACUGUGACAACCAACCCUGUGGCGUUCGUCUGGUCACUAAUGACACAAAGGAGAUGGACCAAUCAGCAGAGAGGAUACCUGGUCAAGGUGAGGGCAGAGUGGUGGGCGGGGUUAAUGCUGCGAAGGGGGCGUGGCCUUGGAUCGUGUCUCUGCACUGGAUGGGUAAUUAUGAAUGUGGAGCCUCACUGAUUGGCAGAGAUUGGCUGCUGACUGCUGCACACUGCGUCCAGGGGAGGAACAAUCCCCAGCUCUGGUCAGCUGCUUUAGGUCUUCACUCUCAAAGUGGUAUCAACUCUUUGGAUGUUCAGACCCGACAAAUUGAUCGCAUCGUCAUCAACAGACAGUACAACCGACAAACUAAACAAGCUGACAUCGCCAUGAUGCAUCUGCAGCAGCCAGUCAACAUCACCCCCUCCGUCGAGCCGGUGUGUUUACCUCCCGAAGGUCAGGAUUACACAGCAGGAAGAAAAUGUUUCAUAGCUGGAUGGGGACGAGACACUGAGGGUUCUCGCCCUAACAUUCUCCAGGAGGCUGAGGUUCCUCUGGUCGGUCAGGAUCAGUGUCAGAUUUGGUUACCUGAAUACACCAUCACCUCCAGCAUGCUGUGUGCCGGAUACCCCGAGGGGGGGAUCGACACCUGCCAGGGCGACUCUGGAGGCCCACUGAUGUGUCUGGAUGAUGGGCACUGGACUGUGAUUGGUGUGGCAUCGUUUGGGACUGGCUGUGGGCGUCCUCAGAAACCAGGGGUCUACGCCCGAGUUUCUGCCUUCACGUCCUGGAUCGCCCAGACCAGACGCUCCUCAUCUUCCUCUUUCUCAAUUUCCUGAGUGUACG